AUGAUAUUGCUCAAAAAAAUGAGGCUCCUGCUGUUCCUGGUUUCCCAGGUGGCUGUCUUUGCUCUCUUCUUCCACAUGUAUAACCACAGCGCCCUGUUUAGAAAGGAGGAGCCCAAGCCUGUGCAUGUGCUGAUCCUGUCUUCCUGGCGCUCUGGCUCUUCUUUUGUGGGGCAGGUUUUUGGGCAGCACCCAGAUGUCUUCUACCUAAUGGAGCCAGCCUGGCACGUGUGGAUGACCUUCACCGAGAGCACUGCCUGGAGUCUGCACAUGGCCGUGCGGGAUCUACUGCGUUCUGUCUUUCUGUGUGACAUGAGUGUCUUUGAUGCCUACAUGAAACCUGGUCCCCUCAAACAGUCCAGUCUCUUCCAGUGGGAGCACAGCCGGGCACUGUGUUCCCCACCUGCCUGCAGCUUCUUCCCCAGGGAGGAGAUCACCUUCCACGCUCACUGCAAGAUCCUGUGCAACAAACAGCCCUUCACCGUGGUGGAGAAGGCCUGCCGCUCCUACAGCCACGUAGUACUCAAGGAGGUGCGCUUCCUCAACCUGCAGCCCCUCUACCAGCUGCUGAUAGACCCUUCCCUCAACCUGCACAUCGUGCACCUGGUCCGGGACCCGCGGGCUGUGUUCCGUUCCCGAGAACACACCACAGCAGAACUCAUGAUUGACAGUCAUAUUGUGAUGGGGCAGAAUUGGCAGAAACUCAAAAAGGAAGAUUAUCCAUACUACACGAUGCAAAUCAUCUGCAAAAGCCAGAUGGACAUAUACAAGGCCAUCCAGUCCUUGCCCAAAGCUCUGCAGAAGCGCUACUUGCUCAUCCGCUAUGAAGACCUAGUCCGGGCUCCACUGGCUCAGACUUCCCGGAUGUAUGAAUAUGUGGGGUUGAAAUUCUUGCCCCAUCUCCAGAACUGGGUGUAUAACAUCACCCGGGGCAAGGGCAUGGGAGAGCAUGCCUUCCACACCAAUGCCAGGAAUGCCCUCAACGUUUCCCAGGCUUGGCGCUGGUCCUUGCCUUAUGAAAAGGUUUCUCGACUUCAGGAAGUCUGUGGUGAUACUAUGGAUGUGCUGGGCUACCUCCAGGUCAGAUCCAAACAAGAGCAGAGCAACCUCUCCCUGGAUCUUCUGUCUACCUGGAAACCCUCUGAGCGAGUCUACCAGGGGGGAGAAGGCUCUGUCCCCACUUGGUUCUAA